UGCAAGUUUGGUAUUUUCACCUUUUUGAAAACCAAAUAGCAGCUAUGAUUCAUAGUCGUGGAGAAGCUUAUGCCAUAAAUGCACUAGAUCUAAUGCUUUCAAGGGAGGAAAAGAAGAUACCAACCUUGAAUCAAAAUAGAGUUAAAACAACUAUAAUCUACUUCUUCACUCACUGCAGCAAAAACCAUUUUUAGUCCUUCGUCUGUUCAUGCUGUUUCUCCAUGGCGAAAACCAUGCCGAAGUUCAAGGGGAAACUGGUGAUGGGUGCAAAUGGGCGGACCAACCCUUUGGUGUGGCUGGUGGCGAUUAUCUGCACCGUGAUAGCAGUGGCAGUGGUAGUUGUAGGCAUUGCAGUGUUCAUUGGGUACAUGGUGAUCCACCCCAGAGUGCCUGUGAUAAGUGUGAACAAUGCUCACCUUGACCUUCUUAGAAAUGACUAUGCUGGUUUGCUCCAAACCCAACUCACCAUUGUUGUGACUGCAAAGAAUGGGAAUGCCAGGGCUCAUGCAAGCUUCUCUGACAUCACCUUCAACAUCAGCUACCAAGGGCAGGACAUAGCUGUGCUUGUUGCAGACCCUUUUGAGGUGCCAAAGAACAGCUCAAAGGACCUCAGCUACGUUGUUCAGUCAUCAUCCAUACCCUUGAGUCCUGAUCAGAUGGAGCAAGUGGGUGAUGCGUGGAAAAAGAAUGAGAUUGAGUUUGAUUUCACAGGCGCUGCAAGAACACAGUGGAAGGUAGGACCUUUAGGCUCUGUUAAGUACUUGUGCCAUCUAGAUUGUGACCUCAAGUUCCGACCUUUGAAUGGGACUUACAUACCCUCCCGCUGCACCUCCAAAUCUCAUUGAUUCUUAGUUACUGCUUUUUCAUAUUUCCUUCACUUUCUUAGCAAUAAAUCUAGAUUUUUCAGCUAAUGAAAUUCUGAAUGUUUUGAGUCUUGGUUUUUGCAGAUGCUUAA